UAUUUAGUAGAGCCAUGAGUGAGACUGUUGGAGUUGUCAGUGGGAGGGGGUGAGAGUGGAAACGGUAGUCCUCAAAUCCUGUGACUCCCCCUUUGAGCAGUGAAGGAGGAGCACUCUGUCAUUUCCUCUGGCCCUCUCCACUUCAGGACACCGGUCAUCCCCUAACAUGUCCAAGGACCCUCAUCCAACAAUGGAUCCCACGAAGAUGGGCCUUGGACGGUCCAUUGCUGUGUUGACAUCAGGAGGAGAUGCCCAGGGUAUGAAUGCUGCUGUGAGAGCUACGGUUAGAGUUGGCCUCUACACUGGAGCCAAAGUCUACUUUGUUCAUGAGGGCUAUCAGGGCCUGGUGGAUGGAGGUGAGAACAUCUGCCCUGCCACCUGGGAGAGCGUUUCCAUGAUGCUGCAGCUGGGGGGCACCGUCAUCGGUAGCGCUCGCUGCAAAGACUUCAGAACCAGGGAGGGGCGCAUGAAGGCGGCCUGCAACCUGGUGAAGCUCGAGAUCACCAACCUGUGCGUGAUAGGAGGAGACGGCAGUUUGACCGGCGCCAACGAGUUCAGGACUGAGUGGAGCGGCCUGUUAGUCGACCUGGUCCGAGCUGGAAAGAUUACUCAAGAAGAGGCCAAGAAAUCCUCUCACUUGAACAUCGUCGGCAUGGUCGGUUCCAUCGACAACGAUUUCUGUGGCACCGAUAUGACCAUCGGCACCGACUCUGCCCUGCAUCGCAUCAUCGAGGUGAUGGACUCCAUCACCACAACUGCACAAAGCCACCAGAGGACUUUUAUUUUGGAGGUCAUGGGCAGACACUGUGGGUACCUGGCCCUGGUGACGGCUCUGGCCUGUGCUGCUGACUGGGUGUUUAUUCCCGAGAUGCCACCAGAUGACGGCUGGGAGGACCACCUGUGCAGGAGGCUGACAGACCAAAGAGCUCGAGGUUCCCGUCUGAAUGUGAUCAUUGUUGCAGAGGGCGCGCUCGCCAAAGACGGCAAACCGAUUUCAUCUGACCUGAUCAAAAAGCUGGUGACAGACAGGCUCGGCUUUGACACCCGCACCACGGUUCUUGGACACGUCCAGAGAGGAGGGACGCCCUCAGCCUUCGACAGGAUCCUAGGUAGCAGGAUGGGUGUGGAGGCAGUGAUGGCGUUGCUGGAGGCCACUCCAGACACUCCUGCCUGUGUGGUCAGCCUAUCAGGAAACCAGGCGGUCAGACUUCCCCUCAUGGAGUGUGUGCAAUUAACCAAAGACGUGACGGCGGCCAUGAGUCAGGGCAAAUUUGAGGAAGCCAUCAAGCUCAGAGGAAAGAGCUUCGAGAAUAACUGGAACUCGUACAAGCUGCUGGCCCACAUCAAUCCUCCUGAUGUGAAGAGCAACAUCAACAUGGCUGUGAUGAAUAUCGGCGCUCCCUGCGCUGGGAUGAACGCGGCGGUUCGUGCAACAGUCAGGAUGGGAAUCAUCCAGGGUCACAACAUGCUGGCUGUCCAUGAUGGUUUUGAGGGUCUGGCUCACGGGCAGAUUGAACCCAUCACCUGGAACUCUGUGAGCGGCUGGAUUGGAAAAGGAGGCUCAAUGUUGGGCACCAAGAGAACUCUUCCAGGUAAACUGUUGGAUGAAAUCAGUCAGAACUUGGCCAGGUUCAACAUCCACGCUUUGGUGAUCAUUGGUGGAUUUGAGGCCUACGUUGGAGGUCUGGAGCUGGUCCAGGCUAGAGAGAAAUACGAGGAGAUGUGCAUUCCCAUGGUGAUCAUCCCUGCUACGGUCUCCAACAACGUUCCUGGCUCCGAGUUCAGCAUCGGAACUGACACUGCUCUCAACACCAUCACCUCUACCUGCGACAGAAUCAAGCAGUCUGCAGCCGGGACGAAGCGCCGUGUCUUCAUCGUGGAGACGAUGGGAGGGUACUGCGGCUACCUGGCCACCAUGGCGGGUCUGGCUGCUGGAGCUGAUGCUGCCUACAUCUUUGAGGAAAAAAUCACAAUCAGAGAUCUAGAGGUGAACGUGAGACAUCUUGUGGAGAAGAUGAAGACGACGGUAAAAAGAGGUUUGAUUCUCAGGAAUGAAAACUGCAGCUCUAACUACACCACUGACUUCAUCUUCAACCUGUACUCCGAGGAAGGUAAAGGCGUCUUCGACUGCCGUAAGAACGUCCUCGGACACAUGCAACAGGGUGGAACCCCAACACCUUUCGACAGGAACUUUGGCACAAAGAUGGGAGCCAAGUCUAUUCUGUGGCUGACUGAGAAGCUCAAAGACUGUUACAGACAUGGUCGCAUCUUUGCCAACACUCCGGAUUCUGCCUGUGUGCUGGGCAUGAGGAAGAGGUCGCUCACCUUCCAGCCUCUUGCCGACCUGAAGGAGGACACAGAUUUUGAGCACCGCAUCCCAAAGACUCAGUGGUGGCUGAAAAUCAGACCCAUCAUGAAGAUCCUGGCCAAGUAUGACAUCAAACUGGACACAUCCGAACACGCCGACAUGGAGCAUGUGAUCAGCAAGAGGAUACCUCUCAGGAAGUAGAACCAGUUUCUAUGGUUUAAAAGAGGUGUUCUCUCUGUUCUGUUACAUGUUUUAAAUGUCCAACCACCUUUUCUCGUGCCUUAAUAAAAGAGCUGCUGUCUACUUCA